AUGAAGAAAAGGAUAAACAAACACAUGCCAAAUGAGGAAGGGCUUGAGAAAUAUCACACUGACUGCAUGGACGUCGCUGUCAAGAUAUUAAAGGAACAUAUUGUGCUAGAUGACGGAGAUAUAUUUCACAGAAGAGCGGCAGAAUGUUUCGAAAACCAUUUGCAACGAUUCAAAUCAAUCAUAGAUAGAGACUCCUUUGCCAAAUGCAAAAGGUCUCUAGACAAGCUGGAUAUGAAUAUUCAACGGAAAAUCAGAGAGAACAAGUAUGCUCAUUCGCAUGGUUACAGCGAAUACAUAGAAGACAUCAAUACACUUGUUGAUGAAUUCACAAAGCAAGAACGCUAUCUUGGAUCAAAGACAAGAGCUGCCUUGCAAGAAUAUAUGGAUGCAAAAUUCGAAGAAGAGCAACUCGUAUACGAAAUGGUUAAGGACAAAAUUGAUGCUGAGGGUGAACGUCAGUUACAUCGGCUUUCAAAUGGAUCAGUCCCGAUUCCAAAGAAAUUUGCAGAUGUUACAAAAGGGGAACAACCACCUGAACAGAAGGCCAGAGAGUCUAUUGAAAAGUUAGAAAUUAAGGGGCUUAUGAGUAUUGGAUCACAAUGCCUUGAGAACCUGGAAUUGAAAUUACAAGAAAUAGAGCAGGCUAAAGCCGAGUUGUCAGAAGACAACACCUACUACAAGCAACUUGUAGCAGAGUACGACAUCUGGAAUAAUAUUUACAAACAGGCGCAAUUCGCGAAAAAUCAAAACACAUUGAAGUCGAUCCAAAAGCCAAAAGAUGUGGAAAAACGACCGGAAAGAAGCUCUGGUGAUAAGGAACCAAGACUGAAGAAGAAAACUUCAGAAAACCCCAAAUGUCCAAUUCUUUAAAAAAACAAACCCUCACACAAAUAUGUCAUGAUGACAUAACUAAA